CUGUGCUAUAAUGUCUACCUCUACCCUCCGAUCCCCUUACCCUUCUAAGGAGGAUAACCUCUCUUACCAGUUGUGCGACCUUGCAGCUUUUGACAUCGACCAUAUCGAUGCUAAGAAGGAUGAUAUUGAGGAAAUCGCUCGGGACAAUACCCAAUUAUUGAUCAAUCGCAUCUUUGAUCUCCGGACUGAGUCUGCUGGCAUCGCUGAAGGGCCCGUCUUCGCCACUCUGCCAGAGGCGACUCAGCUGGCUCGUCAGCCUGAUGGUUUGGUUGUCCGACUUCCUCGUGAGAAGCCUCUUCCGAAACCUAAGCCGAUGACUAGGUGGGAGAAGUUUGCGAAGGAUAAGGGUCUGGACGAUAAGAAGAAGCGCAGUAGAAUGGUGUGGGAUGAGACUUCUAAGGACUGGGUGCCGAGGUGGGGUCCUAACUCUAUCAAGCAUAAUCAAGAGAAGAUGAAUUGGCUGGUGGAGGUUAAUGAGGAUCGUGGAGACAAUCCGUAUGAGGAUCCUUUCGCCAAACAGAAGGCGAUUGAAAAGCUUGGCCACGCGAAACAGAAGGUUCGCGAGAUGAGGAAUAAGCUCGAGGGAGUUGGAAAGAAGAUGCCAGCCGGUAUCUCUGGUGGCCCUGAACUGGGUUCAAUCAAGCGUGGUACGAUCAAUCUGAAGGAGAGCUUAGCCCGAGCUCAGAAGAGCUCAGCAUCUAGUGGCAAGUUUGAUAAGCGCCAGAAGAACGAGAGGGAAGUGCCGGUCACCAAGCGCCGGAAGGUUGACACUGCCACUCCUAUCAAUGAGGAGAAGUCGAAGAAUCUCGCAGUUAUCGGUCGUCUUUUGAAGGGGGAGACCACGUCUACUGGUACAGUGAAGGUCGAUAAAAAGAAGGCUGCUGGAUGGGGGCAGACCUUACAUGAAACCGCUCGGAAGGAAGAGAAAGCACAAAGUGGCGGAUCUAAAAAGAAGAAGGCGCAUCGAUGACCGCCUCUCAGCCGACUUCUGUUGCUAUGAUUCCACUCACCAACGUCAC